UGUUUUGAUUCCGGCAUCCACACGCCGUGUGAUUUUUUGUUUUGAAUCUCUUUUGCAUUGUUGCUCAAAACGGUGAGCGUUACAUUUUCAUAUUAUUUAUCAUGGAUCUUUACAGUAAAGUGUACACCGAGGCUCUGCAGAAGAAUACAGCGGAGGCGGCAAAAUGGAAACAAUACGAACAAGAACAUCAGGAAGUGAAAUCCAAUCUGGACCUGUAUCGCAAGCAGUUCAAAGUUGAUAUUCUUAUCCCGAUCGGAUCAAAAGCCUUACUCCCGGGCUACUUGUACCACACCGGGGAAGUGUUGGCCAGUCACGGUUCCGGUUACUUUUCCGACUGUACCGUCAAUCAGGCCAAAGUAAUCGUUGAUCAUCGCCUUAAAGCCGCCCGGGAAAUGCUGCAAAAAUACGACAGGGAGCGAGAACUUUUUACCGAUAAGGUGGAAGUGCCUUUUGCAGAGGAAGCAUUUGGAGGUCAGGAAAUCAUCGAAGAAUACGACGACCAACGAGAAAGUGUGUGGCGCGAAGAGCAUCGACAACGUGUCAAGGAAAGCAAAAUACGCGAGGCGCAGGAAAGGCAGCAGAACAAGCAGGAUAGCACAGACCGACAAAUCAUGGAGCAUCUGGAAGAGUUGGAGCUGAUGGAGGAGCUAGAAGCGGAAAUAGACAGAUUGAAUGUGCCCCCCAACGACGAACAGUUGCACAAGUUGAUGUCUGGCGAGAUCAGGUUGAGUGAAAAAGAGAAUUGCUCACGAUCGUGAAACAGAACACCACUCAAAUACAUCAUGCACUCCGGUGCACAAUUCCUCAAACGACGAACAAUGUGAAAUUGAAACCACUGACGACGACGAGGAGGAGGACGAAGAGUCGAGUGCUUCGGAAGAUAACGUUUCACCAGCAUUCUUAA